UCGUACUUUCCUAGCUUUUUUUCUCUCCCCUCCCCCUCCCUUCCCCAGCCUAAGGGGUCUUGAGGUGACAGCGACAGCAACUACGACUCCUGCAGGAGGAGAAGAUGGACAAGGGGAAGGCCGGGCGACGCCGAUCUUCAUCCGAAAUUGUUACAGAAGGAAAAAGGAAAAAGCCUUCAUCUUCCGAGUUACAUGAGAUAACAAAGAUGUUUAAUGCAAAACCACAGGACAUUUGUGUUAAAUCACCGCUGUCCAAACUCAGCUCAGAACGGUGGGAUCUCCCUUUGCAGGGGUGGGAAAGAAGCCUAAGAAACAAGGUCCUUUCUCUAGACCAUAAAAGUAAAAAAGGUGUUCGUGGUCAUCCUGUCACUUCUAAGACAUCACCAGAAAGGCAACUCAAAGUUAUGUUGACGAAUGUCCUAUGGACGGAUUUAGGACGAAAAUUCAGAAAGACCCUACCUAGAAACGAUGCUAAUUUAUGUGAUGCCAACAAGGUGCAAUCAGACUCAUUGCCUUCGACAUCUGUUGACAGCCUAGAGACAUGUCAAAAAUUAGAACCUCUUCACCAAAGCCUUAAUUUAUCUGAAAGGAUACCCAGAGUUAUAUUGACGAAUGUCCUGGGAACGGAGUUAGGAAGAAAAUACAUAAAGACUUCUCCUGUAACUGAGGCCAGUUUGGGUGAUACAGACAACUUGCAAUCAGAGCAGCUUUCUUCAUCAUCUGAUGGCAGCCUAGAAUCUUGUCAAAAUCUAAAUCCUCACAAGAGCUCCUUUUUAUCUAAAAGGGCUUCACAACAAAGUAAGACAGUAGAUAAUAAUUAUGCAAAACAGGCUGCACAUACCAAAGAAAAGAGAAGAGAUGAUGAUGUCAUUUCUCUUGUAGUGUCUGAUACUCAACCUAAAGAGCUCAAUAGUGGAAGUAGAGGUUGUGAGCAUCUUGAAGAAGGGAGCAGAAAGAAGGAUGAUACAUAUUCUCAUUCAAAAAUGGAAUCCACUCUGAUUUCCAGGAAGAGAAAAAAAAGGCUUAGAAGUAAUUUACGUGAUUCUCAUAAUUGUACUUCUUUAUAUAAGUCAGCAGAACAGACAAAAGAACAAGAAAAUGACUCAACAGUGUCCACUGAAUUUGAAAAGUCAAGUGAAAACCAUUAUCAAGAUCCAAAACUGCUUGAAGAAAUUACACCUGUACCUGUAGAAACUGAUUUUAAUAAGUUAUCCUCACUUAAUAGUCAGGAGUCGGCUUUGAGCGCUGCUCUCAAAAGCGUCCCUGACUGUUCAAUCACUGAAACUUUUGAGAGCUCGCUUUCCACUGAUACUGCAGGGAAUUCUACCCUGGUUGAAAAAGAGGAGAGUGACUUGAACACAAUAGAAAAAUCGGUUUUAAGUGAACACAGUGAAGGGAACCAAUCACUGAUAUCUGCUGAACCAAUUGUUGUUUCCAGUGAUGAAGAAGGACCAAUUGAACAUAAAAGUUCAGAGAGUCUUAAAUUACAACCUAAGGAAGACGAUGCUAUCACUAAUGAAAAUGAGAGUACUUCUAAAUCAGCAUUGUCAGAAUUACCACUGAUUACAUGCCAAUCAGCACAGGCUUCAUCUGAAUUAUGUCCAUAUAAUCCUGUCAUGGAAAACAUUUCCCGUGUUACAUCUAGUAAUGAGACAGAUCGACAACUGGAUUUUAUAUUUACUUCUGUUUAUAUUGGCAAAAUAAAAGGAGCUUCUAAGGGUUGUGUUACAUUCACGCCAAAGUAUGUUAAGAUCCCAUUUCAAGUGUCCCUGAAUGAGGUUUCAUUGCUAGUGGAUACCACAUAUUUAAAGAGGUUUGGGUUAUGGAAAAGUAAGGAUGAUGAUCACAGUAAAAGGAGCCAUGCUAUCCUCUUCCUCUGGGUCUCUUCACAUUAUCUUCAGGAGAUUCAGACCCAAUUAGAAAACUCUGUAUUAAGCCAGCAAUCAAAAUCCAGUGAAUUCAUUUUCCUUGAGCUACACAAUCCUGUUUCACAAACGGAAGAAAUGAAAUUGAAACACAUCAUGACAGAAAUAAGUAAAACCGAUGAAGAAUCAGAGCUUUCUUAUCCAUUGUCUUGGGUUCAGGCACUUCCUCUAUUUCAGGACCUCUCUUCAAAAGAAAGUUCUUUUAUUCAGUACUAUUGUGCUUCAACUUGUUCUUUCCCUGCUGCUGCUGCUGAAGAAAUGAAGAUGAAAUCAGUAUCUCAGCCCUCGAAUACAGAUACCGCCAAGCCUACUUACACCUUCCUGCAUAAGCAAAGUAGUGGCUGCUACUCACUUUCUAUUACAUCUAAUCCAGAUGAAGAAUGGCGGGAAGUCAGGCACACUGGACCUGUUCAGAAGUAUGUACUGUGUCAUAUCCUAUUCGUAAGGUUGAUUGUAUAUCCUCCACCACCUACUAAAGGGGGAUUAGGAGUAACUAAUGAAGAUCUGGAGUGCUUAGAAGAAGGGGAGUUUCUUAAUGAUGUAAUUAUUGAUUUCUACCUUAAGUAUCUUAUAUUGGAGAAGGCAUCAGAUGAACUUGUUGAACGAAGUCACAUUUUUAGUAGCUUUUUCUAUAAAUGCUUGACAAGAAAGGAAAAUAAUUUAACAGAAGAUAAUCCAAAUCUUUCAAUGGCACAAAGAAGACAUAAAAGAGUAAGAACAUGGACUCGUCACAUAAACAUCUUUAAUAAAGAUUACAUCUUUGUGCCUGUAAAUGAGUCGUCUCACUGGUAUCUUGCAGUCAUUUGUUUUCCAUGGUUAGAAGAAGCUGUGUAUGAGCAUUGCCCACAAACCAUAUGUCAGCAAUCCCAGGCUCAGCAAUCCGAACACGACAACAAGACAAUAGAUAAUGAUCUACAUACAACUUCAGCAGUAUCUUUGGGUACAGUGGAUUCACAAAGUACUGAGACGAAUAUGUCAAUACCAAAGAAAAUGUGUAAAAGGCCAUGCAUUCUCAUACUAGACUCCUUGAAAGCUGCUUCUAUACAAAACACAGUUCAGAAUUUACGAGAGUAUUUAGAGGUAGAGUGGGAAGUCAAACGAAAAACUCAUCGUGAAUUCAACAAAACAAACAUGGUGGACCUGUGCCCUAAAGUUCCUAAACAGGAUAAUAGCAGUGAUUGUGGAGUAUAUUUACUUCAAUAUGUGGAAAGCUUCUUUAAGGACCCUAUUGUUAACUUUGAACUUCCAAUUCAUUUAGAGAAAUGGUUUCCUCGUCAUGUUAUAAAGACCAAACGGGAAGAUAUUCGAGAGCUCAUUUUGAAACUUCAUUUACAGCAACAGAAGGACAGCAGUAGCUAGUUAAUCUGUAUAAACAGGCACAGACGUUCUAUACGAUUAUUGGAAAGCUGCUUACUAGCAUUUGUGUUAGGCAGCUCACAGAGAGGAAAAUAACUUUCAGUAGUUUUAUAAGUCAUUGAGCAUUAUUUAAAAUAUAUAAGGUGUAUUAUUAGAAUUGUUGGGAUCUGAUGGAGCAGAAAUGGGUGUAAUAUACAUAAACUUAUUAGAUAGAAAUUAAAAUUUCAUAAAUAUUUGAUAUUUUUCUGAUUAAAUAUGCUUGGAUUAUGCAAUAGCAUAUGUAAUGUGGGAAUGUUUUUGUAGAUAAUAAAGCUAUGUGAUCUGUACUUCCACAUACCUGGGAGUUGAGGGGGAGUUAGGUUCUCCCUGGUGCCAGCCCCAGUGCUUGUCAAAUUUGUUGACAAGUCACAUUAUAUUGUAAUUCUAUUCUUUGCAGCUCAAGCAUGCAGUAUGAAUACUGUGUAUUUUUUGUUUUUUUAAGAAUUUAGUAUCAAGGCUUCAGAAAAUGCCAUUUACGGCAUCCCUUCUGUAUAGUGCAAAAGAAGACAUAAUGUUAGGAAGAUGACAAAAACUCAAUCUUUCAAAGCGCAGCUUGUUUUUUUCAAUUGCUAAGUGGAACCAUUACUCUGCUGUAUAAUUUGUUUUCAUCUUUUGAUGUCAUAUGUGGGGAUCUGAGAAUUUAGUUCAUUGAUUCAGGGUAAAAUUUGGAACAAAAAAGUUUAGCUGUCCAAAAUAGGUUUUUAAAAAUUAUAUAUGUAGCUCAACUUAGAUUAUUUGAAGUAUAGCUAUCUAUUGACUCCUUCAUUAUCCCAGAAUAUAUGUACACAGUUUAUAUAAGUAUAGAAGGUAAAAUUGGUGUCCUCAUAAUUUUAAUUAAAAAAAUACCCUCAAAGUCUUAUUUAUUGUUAGAACUAAAUAUAUAAUUUUAUAGCUCUGUUACCCAGUAUUCAUUUGCAAAGGCACAUUGAUGUCAUUGCUUUUGUAUUUUUAAAUUGUAGUUUUUAGAGACCUAAAGUCCUCAUGGAACUUGAUUUUUUUAAUUCAAUGUCAGGUAACAGUUCUGAAUUUGUGUGAUAAUUGUGGUAUUAUAUAAAUACUUCACAAACUUCUAAAGUUAUCAGGAAUAUUUUGAGGGACAAUUACAAUGUAUUUUGUCAAAUAAGAAAAAUGUUUUUUAUGAAUAUCAUUUUAAUCUUGUGUUGUAAGCUUUUCUUGGAUUUACAUUGUAACUGUAUAUAAAGCAAUGAAGCAAAGGCAAGGUAAAGCUAAAAAUAGGAACAUUUUAUUUCAAAAUCAUGUGAAUUGAGAUUGCUAGUUAAGCAUCAGUGUUCUUAAACUUUUAUUAAUCUUGACACCAUCUUUAUGUUGUUUUAAAUAUAUUUGUCUUUUGGAGAUUUCCUGUAAAGAUGCUUAUAAUUACAUGUUUCGUUCCCAAUUUGUGUGUGUGUGGGAGGGGACUUUUUAAGGUGACUGUUAAUUAUUUUGUACAUUUAAUUUUGGGAAAGCAAGUAUAUAAUACAUCUUCUUUGUGAUUUCUUAACUUUUUUGUUUGUGUGUUUUUCAAAGAUACCACUCACUGUCCUUUAUCAUGUUUUGAAGAUUGUUUAAAAUUCAUUUUCCUAAAUUCAUGUGGAAGUAAUGUUUUGAGAAUAUCAUUUUAUAUUAAACAUGUUUCCAAUUCAU